AUGGUCUUCGGCGACGGAGACGGAGACGUCUUUGCGGAUUUUACCUGCGCGCCGGACGUCAUCGCUCACGAACUUACCCACGGCGUCACACAGUACGAAGCUGCCCUGCCGUACAAUAUGCAAGCUAGUGCCUUGAACGAGCACAUGUCAGACGUCUUUGGAUCGAUGGUCAAACAAUGGCGGGGAGGCGUCAAUCCUCAACGUGCCGCUGAUGCCGACUGGUUAAUUGGCCAAGGCAUUUUCAAUCCCCAGACAGGAAUCGUUGCUCUCAGGAGUAUGAAGGCUCCAGGUACUGCUUAUAGCGAGUCUGUGAUCGGUACAGAUCCCCAGCCGGAUCAUAUGGACAACUACCUUGACGUACCCGAUGACGAAGGAAGCGAUGCAAGUGGAGGCGUCCACGUCAAUUCGGGAAUCCCAAACAAGGUGUUCCACCUCGCCGCCACAGGCCUUGGAGGCUACUCCUGGGACAUUGCAGGCCGAAUCUGGUAUGACGUUCUGACGGACCCUGAUCUUCGCUCGUUCGCUGCAGAGCCAGACAAUCGGCACUGGAACUGCUUCCCAUUCUUCGCCUCUCUCACGGUGAAGCACGCCGCUCGCUAUGCCAAGAAAUGCGUUGACGUCGACGUGGUCGGUGUGGUCACUCAGGCGUGGCAAGCGGUUGGCAUCGAGCCGACGCAGUCGGCGAAGCCCGGAAAGAAGGUCAAGCCUGGGUGCCCCGUGCUCUGA